AUGCGUUUUCUAGUCCUUCUUGCUGGAGUACUUGUUCUCUUGACCCUAUCGGCCGAAAGGGGUGAUGCCUUUGUGAAGUCACCCCUGAAGAAUACGAAGGAUUUUAAAGGACCGAGGGGUUUUACGAAAGAUAUACGAAGAGAAGAAUCUGGGGUGCCACCAAGCGUAGAAGAUAACGACGGCAACGCGGACCAGGAAGAUGAAGGAGCCAGUAAUGGAGAAGAGCCUCUGGAAGAAGAGCAUGAGGAAGGAGAAGGCGAGGAGGCUCAAGAGGAAGAACCUGAAGAGGGUGAAGACGAAGAAGAUAAUGGAGCAAAAAGCGAAGAGCGGGAGGAAGAUGAGAAACCAAAAGUAGAAGAUCAGGAAGAAGGAGAAGACGAGGAGGACGAGCAAGAAGAAGGAGAGUCCGAGGGGGAAGAGGGUGAAGAAUCUGGAGACGAGGGAGAAGGUAAAGAAAGUCCGGUGUCCAAUGAAGAGGAAGAAGACAAGGAGUCUGAUGAAGAUGAGGAAGGUCAGAAGCCUGAAGAAGUGCAAGCACAGAAUGAGGUGGAGGGAGGUGAGGAGAGAGAGGAAGAAGGGUCUGGAGAGGCAGAAGAGGAGACUGGUGACGAGGAAGACAAUAAACAGGGAGAAGAGGAGGCUGGAGGAGAGGAAGAAGAGGGGAAGGCGGAUGAGAAGGGAGAGGAGGAAGGAGAAGAUGAGGAGGAGGGACAUGUGAAUCACGAGGAAGAAGAAGAUGCCGGAGAAGGCAAGGAAGGUGAACAGCGUGAAGAAGCGGUAGACGGGAAUGAAAAGAACGAGGAAGACGAAGAGGAGGGGGAUGAACACGAGGGGGCGGAGGGCGAGUCUGAUAAGGAAGAGGAAGAAGGUGAACAUGGGGAUGCAGAGUCUCAGGAGGAGGAAGCAAAUGAGGAGUCUAAAAAAGAGGUAGAAGGUGAGGAGUCGAUGGAGAAGCCUGAAGGAGCAGGAGAAGGUGAGGCGUCUGAAGACGCAAAAGAGGAAAAUGAUGAUAAUGAUAAGGAGGAUAAUAAUGCGGACAAGGAAAAUGUAGAAAAGGAGGGAGAGCAAGACUGGGAGCCUAACGAAGAGGAGUCUGAAGAAGAAGAAGAAAAAGAAGAAGAAGAAGAAGAAGAAGAAGAAGAAGAAGAAGAAGGAAAAGGAAAAGAGGAAGGAGAAGGAGAGGAAGAGGAGAAAGAAGAGCAGCAAGAGCAUGUCGGAGAGCAGGAGGAGAAGCCUGAAGAAGAGAAUGAGGGCGAAGAGCAUAAAGGAGAGGAAGAAAAAGAAGAAGAAGAAGAAGAAGAAGAAGAAGAAGAAGAAGAACAAGAAAAAGAAGAGGAAAGUGAAGAGGAAGGGGAAAGAGAGAAAGAGGGGAUAAAAGAACAGGAAGGGCUUGAGGAACAGCACGAGGAGGAGGAGCAUGAAAAAGAGAAUGAGGGCGAAGGGCAUAAAGAAGAGGAAGAUGAAGAGAAGCCUGAAAACGAGGCAGAAGAAGAGGAGGAAAAUAAAGAAGGGGAGAAGGAGGAGCAUCAGAAUAAGCCUGAGGAAGAAAAACAUGAAGAAAAGGGAGAAGAGGAAGAGUCUGAGGGAGAGGAAGAAGAAGAAGAAGAAGAAGAAGAAGAAGAAGGGGAAGAGAAGGAGGAAGGAGAGGGGGAGGAGGAAGAGCAGGAAGAGCAUGAGGAAAAGCACGAGGAGGAGGAGCAUGAUGAAGAGCACGACGAAGAGGAGCAUGAAGAAGAGGAAGAUGAAGAGAAGCCUGAAGACAAUGAAGAAGAAAAGGAGGAAAAUAAAGAAGGGGAGGAGGAGCAUGAGAUUGAGCCUGAGGAAGAAAAACAUGAAGAAAAGGGAGAAGAGGAAGAGUCAGAGGGAGAAGAAGAAGAAGAAGAAGAAGAAGAAGAAGAAGAAGAAGAAGGAAGAAAGAAGGAGGAAGGAGAGGGAGAGGAGGAAGAGCAGGAAGAGCAUGAGGGAAAGCACGAGGAGGAGGAGCAUGAUGAAGAGCACGACGAAGAGGAGCAUGAAGAAGAGGAAGAGGAAGAGAAGCCUGAAGACAAUGAAGAAGAAAAGGAGGAAAAUAAAGAAGGGGAGGAGGAGAAUGAGAAUGAGCCUGAGGAAGAAGGACUUGAAGAAGAAGAAGAAGAAGAAGAAGAAGAAGAAGAAGAAGAAGAAGAAGAAGAAGAAGAAGGAGAAGAAGAAGAAGAAGAAGAAGAAGAAGAAGAAGAAGAAGGAAAUAAAGAUAAAGGAGAAGGAGAGGAAGAAGAGGAGGAAGGGCAUAAGGGGGAGCGUCAGCAAGAAAAGCUUGAAGAAGAGAAUGAAAGCGAAAAGUCUGAUGAAGUGGAAGAAAAAGUAUCCAAUGAAGAAGAAGAAGAAGAAGAAGAAGAAGAAGAAGAUAAUGCAUAA